AUGCAGCUCAAGCUCGUCCUCGCCACCCUCUUCGCCUCCAUGGUCUUAGCCGUCCCGGUUGUUGAUCAACCCAAGAUCUACGGCCGUUCCAAGGGACCCAUCCCUGGAUCUGGUCCCAGCUGCUGUUCAUCGUGGUAG